AAAAAGAAAAAAAAAGCAACUUGCUUUAUAUAUAAAUAUUGGUUAUUCUCCCUCUCUUCUCAACCGUCUUCUCCGCGUUCUACUCGCGUGCAUUGCAGUCAGCCCAAGCGAGAAAGGGAAGAGAAUCGGAGAGAAAAACUUCAGAGAGAGAGAGAGAGAGGGAAGAGAGGGAGAGUCUAGAGAGAGAAAGCAAAGCCCAAACACCCCUUUUCACCAUUGCAAUCUUCGUUCGGUUUCAGAGAACCCCUUUUGAAUUUGUUUGAAUUUUCUGGGAAACUGGGCAUUUUGUGAUCAUCAUCUGGGUUCUCUCGAUCUCCAUCUUUUUUUUCUGGCUUUCGGUUUUUUCUCCUCAGAUCCUCUUCUGUUUUUGUUUUCUCAGUUUUUUUAUUCGAAUUUUUUAAGUUGUCUCGCAAUUCUGCCUCGUGGGUGUGUGUUUUUCCAAGGAAAAGAUUCAGCUUUUAAUAGCAAGAAAGUGGGAAAAGGAUAGAUUCCUAUCUGGGUUUUUUUAUGCGAUUGUUGGUUUAAAUUUUGAGGGCAAUGAUGUUGACCUUAAAAGUGUCGUUAUGAAGUAAUAUGGAAGUGGUCGUUAUACGGUUACAACAGCAUCAACAACAUCAUCAGCAACAAAAGCAAAAACACCACCAUCAACAACAAGAACAAAAAGAAGAACAUGUCGUUUUACAUUGGUCGCGAGGCUUCCAAGCUAUGGAAGAGAUUUUGUGCAGAGACAACUACCGAGCUCAACCUCCUUGCGGAGAAUUGGAAGUACCUUCUCGCUGGUAUUGUUUUUCAGUACAUACAUGGUUUGGCUGCACGAGGAGUUCAUUAUUUGCAUAGGCCUGGCCCUACACUACAGGAUCUUGGAUUCAUCCUUCUUCCGGAACUUGGGCAAGAGAAGGCUUAUAUUAGUGAAACAUUGUUUACCUUUAUCUUUUUAUCCUUUGUCCUUUGGACAUUUCAUCCCUUUAUAUACAAGAGCAAAAAGAUCUACACGGUUCUAAUAUGGUGCAGGGUUCUAGCUUUCUUAGUUGCUUCCCAAGCUCUUCGCAUAGUGACAUUUUAUGCUACGCAGCUUCCUGGUCCAAACUACCAUUGCCGAGAGGGGUCUAAACUUGCUACACUGCCUCAUCCAGAUAGUGUCUUUGAAGUCCUCUUGAUUAAUUUUCCACGUGGCGUGAUAUAUGGAUGUGGUGAUUUGAUAUUUUCAUCACACAUGAUCUUUACUCUAGUCUUUGUUAAUACAUAUCAUAGAUACGGCACAAGAAGAUGUAUAAAGCAGCUAGGAUGGACACUUGCUGUGUGUCAGUCUCUUUUGAUAAUAGCUUCACGCAAACAUUACACGGUUGAUGUAGUUGUUGCCUGGUAUACGGUUAAUUUGGUGGUAUUUUUCGUUGAGAAGAAAUUAGAAGAAUUGCCAGACCGGACAAAUGCUGCUGCAGCACUGCUGCUACCAUUAAGCACCAAGGACAACAAAGAUGGCAGGACCAAAGAAGAGAACCACAAGUUGUUGAAUGGGAAUGGUGUUGACCCUGCAGAUUGGAGGCAGAGAACUCAAGCAAAUGGAAAGAUUCUGGAAGAUAGCCAUGCACAUCAUGCUGACACUGCAAUGAAUGGUUCAUAGAUACAUUAGCUUACUAUGCUGCACAAAGUUGAGAUCUGCUGCAACAUGGCCUUUUGGAAAGUUACAACAACCUACAUACGAUUAGAUUUUUGUUAGCCUGAUUUGUGUUUAUUGUAACUGGGUUGUGUGCUUUUUAACAUAUUGCAGCCCUGAUCCAUUUGUUCUCAUUGUGAAAAAUGAUCUAGCAUCAGCAGUGCUAUAGAAAAAUUUCCAAUUCACAUUGCCUCUUUUUUUAGUACCAUGUGCAUAGUCCUCCCUAACAGUAUAUUUUUGGUGCACCAUGAUCAUGCUCUUUACAUGGAGAGAAAAUUUUAGUACCAUGUGCAUAGUCCUCCCUAACAGUAUAUUUUUGGUGCACCAUGAUCAUGCUCUUUACAUGGAGAGAAAAUCAUCAGUAAAAUGUUAAUGUAACAUGUUUCUAAAUUUCUAAAUGUAAAAAGGAGUUAAUUUGAAUUGCUGAGCAAAUAGAUGAAGUAAAACCAGACACUUGUACAUUUUGUCGCUUGCUGACAAAAGGGUUGGUGUAGGAAAUCUUGUGUUCUCUUAGCACCAGGUCACUCCACUGAAAAUGUAAACAUGGCACAUGGCACAUGGCGUGCAUUCAUUAUUGAA